AUGUCAAACAGUAUUGCUUCUCUCGCCAUAAUCAAGCUGCCGUUGCCUUCCUUGCCAAUAGAACAAGCAAUCAGCAACUACCAUUGUGGAAUGGCAGACUGUAGUGCAGAGGUGACUUCGCCUGGGGAGACGCUCCAAGUAAUCUAUCUAUAUAGAUUGUCCUGUUCACUAUCUAUCUAUCUAUCUAUCUAUCUAUCUAUCUAUCUAUCUACUAGCACGCUGGCAUUCCUUAAACGCCGAAGGAUUGUCUGUGUUAGGGACUCGGAAGCCCUGGCCCUAGAAACGCGUAUUGCGUCCUGUGAAUUCUGUACUAAACGCUCUUCAGUCGAAAGUCUAGCGCAUCCUGAUGACAUAGCUGAUGCUACUGAUGCCAGCCUUUCAGUCCGCUCAGUGGUACUUUCUGUGGAGGUGCGGGCAGAGGAGCAUCCGAUUAAACAUAUAAACGAACACACACACAUUCUGUCUUUUAUCAUAUCUAUCUAUCUAUCUAUCUAUCUAUCUAUCUAUCUCUGUUCAUUAUUUAUCUCCUUCCCACUAUCUAUCUAUCUAUCUAUCUAUCUAUCUAUGUUCAUUAUCUGA